CAUUUUCAUAAUAGCAUUAAAUUUUAAUGAUAGCUAUGCCACGCCCACAUGUGUACCAUGUGCUCUCAAUGCUGUGUUCUUUAAUUAGAAUAAACGCCAAUGUCUGGAAUAAGGGAGUUAGUGGCUGCACAGGAACAGCUAGAACGUGCAGUUGAUAAGCUAAAAUCUAGCCCAGAAGCUCAACCAAGUGCAUCUUCAGGUUCAGGCUCAUCCUUGGGUUCUGGCUCUCACCCUGGCAGCAUUCCAAGUACUAGCAGAGGCAUCAAUAGGGAUAUAAAUACACCUACACAUAAUAUUUGGAAUCCAAUGAGUAUAAUUAAUGGAGAGCGAAGAGCAGGUCACAGUAGUAAACAGUUAAAACCACCAGCAAAAAAGAAAGCCAAAGUCCCUUCAUGGACCCACAAUUUUGUUUGUCUCGCUCGCGUAGAACAAGAUAUUGUUCCUGAUUCAAGUGAACGUGCUGUUCUACAAAUUGCUGGUUUGGGUGAAAAGAAAAUUCAAUUUCCAGUUGAUGCUGAUUCAUAUUAUGUAUAUGAUGAGUUGAUUGCCAGUUUCCCAAAGUUACGUAAUUGUGGUGGGUUUGAACUGCUCCGUACUCAUGACAGGUCGAAGCUACUGAUUGAGAUUGAGGUUCCUCCAUCAGGUUACACAGUUGCAUAUUUGAAGCCUGUGGUACAUAACGCUAAGAUUUUUAUUCGGCCAUUGCAGAAAGAUUUGUCCCUAGAGCCUGAGAAAGAUGAUUGGGAGCUUCCGUGCUCUGUUGAGGAAGAAUGCAUGUUUUGUAAGGAAAAGAUUAGUAUUAAUGUGCUGAGAAAACAUUUAGAGAAUUGCAAAGAAAGGGGAACCAAUACUGAUACUAUUUCACCAGACCCACCACUAAAUUUAGAGAUUGCUACUAACGAUGGACAUGAGGAUAAAGGAGGAACAUCUUUUGAGGAGGAAAUUGUAUGUUUAGAUGAUGACUAUGCUGAUUCUUUGUUAGUGCCUUAUCUUACAAAUGAUGAAACUAUUGACAUUAAGACAAUUGAAGAUGUUGCUAAGAGUUUGAACAAGUUUGUUUGUGAUUUUGAUGAAUUUGAUAUGGUAAUCAGACGAUCUGCUGUCCUUACGGAUGCCUUACGUCGUAUGGAUAAAGCUUCAUUUGAUCCUGCAAAAAAACUGAAUGUUGUUUUUGUGGGAGAGGAAGGUUCAGAUUUGGGUGGAUUGACUCGGGAAUUUUUUAGAUUACUAAGCCAUGAUAUAUCAUCAUAUAUUGACUGUACUGGGUGUUUUACACAUGAUUCCUUAGCUUUUCAGAAUAACAUUUACUUAAAACUUGGAAUACUUGCUGGUAUGGCAUUGUGUCAAGGUGCUGGAUCUUUUCCUGUACUGUGUCCUUCAGUAUACAAGUUUAUGUGUGGGACAAACCCAACUGAUUUAGCGCCAACCAUUGAUGAAGUCUCUGAUUUAGAUAAAAGGACUCUUUUGCAACAGAUUAUGGAGUGUGAUGAAAUUGUUAAACUUCACAAUUUGCUUUCUUCUAAUUUGGAGUUGUUACUUGACAGUGGCUUUAACAAACCUGUUACCAAUGUCAAAUUGUGUGACAAAGAACAAAUUUUGAAAGCCAUUACACUUCAUUCAGUUAUUUUAACAGUAGCAGCUGAACUUUCUCAGUUUUGAGAUGGUAUUUACAAAGUGAAAGGUCUUCAGACCAUGUUAGAAAAGUAUCCAAAUCUUUUGGAAUCAUUUUACUGCAAUUUUAAAGUUACUUUAACAGCAGAGAUUUUAUGUAGACUGUUCACUAAAGUCAUCUACUCUGAACAAGGAAGCAAUGAUAGGGAAGAGGAAGCUGCAGCAUAUAAGUUUUUCAUUAAUUUUUUUGGAUGACUGUGAAGAAGGCAAGAACUGUGAAUCUGUAACACUUCCAAUGAUUCUUUCAUUCUUCACUGGAGCAGAGUGUGUACCACCAAUUGGUUACAAAGAGGUCGUACUUAAUUUUAAUAGUGUUAACUUUUAUCCUACUGCUUCGACUUGUGCCAUUCAGCUAAUAUUGCCUACGAGAUACAAGGAUUAUGAUACCUUUAAACAAAAUAUGAUCGUUGGCAUAACUAUAAAUGGAGGGUUUGGUCUUAUCUAAAGUUUUUGAUACUCUUGCUUCACUUUAUCUUUUUUGUUUCACUUAUCAAACACUUGUUUUUCACUUAUUUAGCAUUUUUGUUGCCAUUUAAUCAUUCACAAUAGCAGUACCAUAUAUUACUUAUUUCUGUAUAAUAAUUAUUGCGUGAUUAUAGUCUGGAUAUACCCACUCUAAUAUAUUCUCACUAUUGGUUGAGAUAUUUUUCAAUCAUUAA